AUGGGUCUCUUUGGCAAAUCACCAGAACGAAAUCCAAAAGAAAUGGUAAACGAAUGGUCUCAUAAAUUGCGGAAAGAGGGCUAUAACCUUGACAGGCAAAUAAGAGCUAUACAAAGGGAAGAAGACAAAAUCAAACGUUCUCUCAAAGAAGCUGCUGCUAAAAAUGACAAACAAGUCUGUACAAUACUGGCGAAAGAAAUAAUAAGAUCAAGAAAAGCCAUUAGUAAAAUAUAUACAAGCAAGGCACAUUUAAAUUCUGUCCAAAUGCAAAUGAAGAACCAACUUGCAACGUUGAGGGUAGCUGGUUCACUGCAAAAGUCAACUGAGGUGAUGCAAGCAAUGCAAGCUCUACUUAGGCUCCCUGAAAUAGCGCAGACUAUGCAAGAGUUAAGUAAAGAGAUGAUGAAGGCUGGAAUCAUUGAAGAGAUGGUGGACGAGACUAUGUCCAACAUGGAGGAUGAAGAGGAAAUGGAGGAAGCUGCACAGAGUGAAGUUGAUAAGGUGCUAUGGGAGCUAACACAAGGUAAACUGGGUGAAGCACCUGCUCCACCGACAGCUGUCGGUGCUCCAUCAACCAGUCAAGAAGGAUUACUAGAUGCAAGUUGGCGUCUUCACUGGACGAUGGAAUGCAGAUUUAAUUGUUACAAUUAUGCACUUUGCUAA